UAUGCCUCUAUAGUCGAGCUAAUCAAGUAUAAUACGGGAUAUAUAACUAGGUAUAUGAGUAUAAGCCAUAUCUAUUCCAAGGUUCCGAUUUGCUAUACUAUUAAAGGUACUUGCAAAGAAGGCAAGCGAUUAUUAAAUAUUAGUAGGCUAAGACCUAAUAUACUUUUAUAUGGCAAGCCUUACCUAGAUAAUAAAAAGAUUCUGGAAACUACUAAGUAUGAUUUGAGAAUAUACCCGGAGCUAGUAUUAAUUAUUAGUAUAAAGCUAGUAAUUCCUAGCGCUCGGUUAAUAGCCGCAGACUUUUACUAUACUACCCGGAGUAUAGGUAAGGCAAGUUUUUGGAUUAGCAAGAAAGAGCUAAUAUGGAGUAUAAAGUCCUUAUAUAAUUAUAUCCUUAUAAGAAAUUAUAAUAAGGUUAUUUCCUUAGAUAUUUUAAAACUAUCUAAUUAA